AAAACAAUUCGGUCAAUCUGGGUCAAGAUCCAAUGUGGAUUUAGUUGGCGAAUACACAACUAAACAUGCACAGAUUGCAGUUAAAUGAAGGGGUUAAUUUAGUAAUAUUAACUCGGUGACUAUGCAAAAAAAAUUCUAUAUACUACUAUUAUAGGCCUAGGCACCUUAGGCUAAAAUAUGGAAAAGUAGACGGGUCAAAUCAAAGUAGCUAUCCAACUAAUCUGAUGGCCAAAUGGUAACAGCCCUUUUCAGUCUCACAGUGUGUCAGCUAUUAUCAUGCCUAGUCCUUGACAGCCUACACAGGAUCAAAGUGGAUGCAGCGAAAUAACGCCAGUAGUGGGCUAUCAGCUAUCAUCCUCCUCUUAUUACAGGGAGAGGAGAGCUGCCAUAAUGUAAUAUAGGACCGCACAGGGCGGCUCCUGCACGCAUGCGUCAUGCAGGCAAGCUUACACAAGAGGACCUACGCAGGCGUACAUAGGACAGUAAAUGAUUACUUGUAAUCAAUAUAAUUUCCCCGUAAUUAGAUUACAGAUAUGAAAUAAUAGUAAUCGCGUUGCAAAAUAUAGAUAAUAAAACCGGACCGUACACGAUAAUUUCGAUAGGAUUCGUCUGUAUAUUAGAAAAGAGAUGGAACUACAAGUAUCCACCAUCUCUGAAGUAUCUCAGAGAAAUGUGUUCAAUGCCUGGCAAUAUCGGCAUCUAUUUACAUUCCACGAUAUGCGGGGCAAGAAUGUCAUAGUGAUGUGCAACUUGUGCUUGCCAAAAGUUAAUCUACUGUCAUCGUCCAGGUAUUCGACAUCCAAUUUGAAGAAGCAUUUGGAGAGAAGACAUGUUGGAUUCGAGGAGUUUAAAGCCCAGAGAGUUCGUGUUGGACAGCCGCCUCGACCUAAAACAGAUCCUGGUCCCAGCAACCAUCACAGCAUCCUCCAGGGUCCUAGCAACCACCACAGCAACCACCACAGCAUGAUCCACUGGGAGCCUCCUCUGAAGCAGGUCAAAAUCGAAGACGUGGUGCAGCCGCUGCAGCAGGAAGUGAUGUUUGACGAGUCGGAGGCGGUGGUGGACUCGCUGGUCUUCAACUUCCUGUUGGAGGAUAUGCAGCCCCUGGCGCUGCUGGAGCGGCCGGCCUUCAGGAAGCUGGUGGAGGGGCUGAGCGGCGGCAUGAUGAUGACAUCACGGGAGACCGUGGAGGGCCGCCUGGAGGAGGAGAAGGUCAACAUGGUUGAGGAGCUGCGUGUGAAGCUGAGUGAAGUGAUGUCCGUCUGCACCACCGUGGACGUCUGGAUGGCGCACAGGAGGAGCUACCUGAGCAUGAUGUGCCACUGGGUCGACCCGAACGACCUGCAGAGGAAGUCGGCGGCCCUGGCCUGCAGCCGGAUCCAGGACGAGCUCACCUACGACACGGUGGCCUCCAAGAUCCACGAGGUGCACGUCACGUACGGCAUCGAGAACAAAGUGCAGGCCGUGGUGACCAACAGCGGCAGCAAGUUCGUGCCGGCGUUCCACGAGUUCCAGGGCGUGGAGGGGGAGGAGGAGGGCGAGCUGUGUGACUUUGUAGACAUCAACGCGCUGCUGUCGGCACCACCGGCGGUGGGGGAAGACGGGCCAGUCGAGUACUUUUUACCCCCUCAUCAGCAAAGCGUUUCGCACGUGCUCAGUUUGGUGGCCAGGGAGGACCUCCUGAAGGCGCUGAUGCAGCACCCCAUGUGGAGCCUCUACUGUAGUGCCAUGGCCAAGUGCUCAACGCUGUGGAGGAAAACACACAGAGACACACGAGAAGCUACUGAGGAGGACCGCACCAGGAAGAACACACUACUCCUCCCACAGGUCAGUCGAUGGAGCUUCGAGUAUGGUGUGGUGAGACGGCUGAUGUCUCUGAGCGACUUGGAGUUUGCGCACCACUGCGAGCAGAACCACGUGCCCAACCUGCUCCCGGACGAGCUGUCCCUGCUGAAGGAGUACGUGGGCGUGUUGAAGCCGUUAGCCAUCUCCUUCAGCCUGCUGCAGGGGGAGGACCGGGGCUUCCUUGGCCUCGCCCUCCCCACGCUCAUGACCCUGAAGAAGAAGCUGCGGGAGAACAAGGACGCCGCGCACUUCCUCUCCGACGUCAUCGACGCCCUCCUGGCCGGCAUCGACAGGCGGUUCGCGGCCAUCUUCUCCAGCCACGCCGCCAAGAUGGCCGCCAUGGCCAUGCCGCAGUUCCGUCUGUGGUGGCUGUCAGGCGCGGAGCGGGAGGAGGCGCAGGCGGCUCUCAUGGUGGAGGCGGCUCACCUGCACCCGGACGCCGCCGAGGACGCCGCGGACAGCGGCAGCAGCAGUUGCCAUAACAACCUGGAGGACGACUUCUUCAACUUCGGCCCCGCCGGCGGCCCCAGCAGCAAGGCGGGGCACAAAGGGGAGAUCCUGCGCUACCUGGACGGGACGGCCAAGAUGCUGCCCUGCCUGAAAGACUUCCCCACCGUGCUGCAGCUGUUCCACAGGUACAACACGGUGCUGACCUCCUGCUGCCCCGUCGACAACCUCUUCUGCCACGACGGAGACGUCUGCAUCCCUCAGCAGAGCGCUUUAGGUGAUCAGCACCUGGAGCAGAUGCUUCUCCUGCGCUACAACGGACUACCUAGCCGCCUUUGACUCUAGCAAGAUGCCGGUACUCUACGGUACGACAUCUGCUUCACUUUAUCACUUUGCCUUUUUUGAGAUGUACAAGUAAAAGUUUUAUUUUUCCAAAAUAUGUUUUAACGGGGUGUCUAGAGGUGUUGGUGUCUUUUUUCUCGUAUCAGGUAUACGUUUUGAAAUGUUUUUCGGUUUGCAGACAAGAAACGAAACAAAAUUUCGUUUUAUUUUUCGUUUUUGUUUUUUUUAGGAUUAAAAGUAAUGGCUCCAGACAAGUCAUAAGCCAAUCCCCAUAUUACCUGAGGAGUAUCAUGCGGCAUCAUGUGAUUGGAACAUUUCAGCUGUCGAUGACUAGAAUAUAUUACUGGAAUAUAUUACUGGAAUAUAUUACUAGAAUAUAUUACUGCACCUUCCACUGUCCUCGUCUGGCAUGCAGAACAUUCAUAUGUCCUUUCAUUCAUGUAAAUGAUGUCUGUGGCCUGUAGCACACCUUGUUCAUCAUAUUGAUUUGUUACGUUAAUUAUGUAUUUAUUUAGGAAAUCAUGUCAUAUUGUUAUGCUUCUCACAUCAUACUAACAUGUAUGAAAGUUAAAAGUCUUAAAAUAAAUGCUCGACGAUGGUAGAGUCAUACACAUACAUUGAUGAGGAAGAAAUGCUCACAACGUCUCAUAUUAUUUCACAUCAAUUUGUCGAAAUAACUAAAUGCACUUAUUUCUUUGUGUCCUUUUUAAAUGCUGGUGCUGUAGAAACUGGAAAAAAACAUUGCGGUUCAUGAAUGUUGUUUUUUUUGUUUGUUGUUUUUUGUUUUUUAUUUUCACAUAGAUGGGAAACUAAUUCUGCUCGCCUGCUCUUGAUUUCCAAUGGUUUGCUGUAGUUAAAUGAUGCUGCUGACGGGUGCAUGCAUGCUCCAAUGUUGUGUGUUUCAUAUUAUAUCCGACAUGUAUACAUUUGACUUGAUUUCCCCAUUAUUAAAUACUCUAACAUUAGGGCUAGUCUCCUAAAAAUUCAAUAUCCUCAUUUUUAAUUUGUGUCUGAGUGCAUUUUGUGUAUUCCAAUCAGCUUCAGGGUUGCCAGAUGAGGCAGAUGAUUUCCAGUCCAAAAAAUGCUCAAAGUCCGCCUAGAAGCACAAAAUCCCGCCCAAUUCUAUUGAUGUCUAUAGCAAAAAUUGGGCGGGUUUUUCUGCUAAAUGCCAUUUUUCCCUGCACACGGCCAUCCUCAGCAGCCUAAUUGGGCAAGAAACAGCCCAAUCUGGCAACACUGAUCAGCUUGCCCGUUCAAUAUUUCACACUUAAGUCCUCCCUCCUGAAUGCUGUAUGUUAUCAAUACAACCCCAUUGAUCCAAUGCUGUAAUCAAUACAACCCCAUUGAUCCAAUGCCUCCUCUGCCAAUUCCACGUCCCUUGUUAUUCUGUCUUACAGCCUUAAUGUAAAGUUGAAAUCAUAGGAGAGUCAUGUGAUGGUGGAAGUUAUAACAGAUUCCUACAUUAAA